GUUUAAUCCGACCAGAAAAUGUCGCUCUCUGGAAUGGCUAUUCGCAGACUUAUCACCAAGGGAGUCAUCCCUGUGUGUCAAGUCGCUCCACUUUCAACAUCUGCUGAAGGAUCCACCAAUUUGAAGGAGGUUCUUUCCAAGAAGAUCCCAGCCCACAACGCUAAAGUGAAGUCAUUCCGCACAGAGCACGGUAGCACCGUCGUUCAAAAUGUGAACAUUGACAUGAUCUACGGAGGCAUGAGAAGCAUGAAGGGAAUGGUCACCGAAACCUCAGUUCUUGACCCAGAGGAGGGAAUCAGAUUCCGUGGAUACUCUAUCCCAGAAUGCCAAAAGCUUCUUCCAAAAGCAAAGGGAGGAGAAGAGCCGCUUCCAGAAGCCAUUUGGUGGCUUUUGUGUACAGGAGAUGUUCCAUCCGAGGCCCAGACUGCCGCUAUCACAAAAGAAUGGAACGCCCGUGCCGAUCUUCCAACCCACGUUGUCCGAAUGCUCGACAACUUCCCAGAUAACCUCCAUCCAAUGGCUCAAUUCAUCGCCGCUAUCGCUGCUUUGAACAAUGAAAGCAAAUUCGCCGGAGCUUAUGCUCGUGGAGUCGCCAAGGCCUCCUACUGGGAGUACGCUUAUGAGGACUCAAUGGAUCUUCUCGCUAAAUUGCCAACUGUUGCCGCUAUCAUCUAUCGCAACCUGUACCGUGAUGGAUCUGCAGUCAGUGUCAUCGAUCCAAAGAAAGAUUGGUCCGCCAACUUCUCUUCUAUGCUUGGAUAUGAUGAUCCACUUUUCGCUGAGCUUAUGAGACUCUACCUUGUUAUUCACUCUGAUCACGAAGGAGGAAAUGUAUCCGCUCACACUUCCCAUCUUGUAGGAUCUGCUCUUUCUGAUCCAUACCUUUCCUUCUCCGCCGCCAUGGCUGGACUUGCUGGACCACUCCACGGAUUGGCUAACCAAGAGGUUCUCGUUUUCUUGAACAAGAUUGUUGGAGAAAUCGGUUUUAACUACACCGAGGAACAACUUAAGGAAUGGGUAUGGAAGCACUUGAAGAGCGGCCAAGUUGUACCAGGAUAUGGACAUGCCGUACUUAGAAAAACCGAUCCAAGAUACGAGUGCCAACGUGAAUUCGCCCUUAAACAUUUGCCAAACGAUGAUCUUUUCAAGCUGGUCUCGACUCUUUACAAGAUCACUCCAGGAAUUCUUCUCGAACAAGGAAAAGCCAAGAACCCAUGGCCAAACGUGGACUCCCACUCCGGUGUCCUUCUUCAAUACUUUGGAAUGACCGAGAUGUCCUUCUACACUGUUCUUUUCGGAGUUUCUAGAGCUCUCGGAUGUCUCUCGCAAUUGAUCUGGGCCAGAGGUAUGGGACUUCCACUCGAACGUCCAAAGUCACACUCCACCGAUGGACUUAUCAAGCUUGCUCUCGCCGCCAAGAAAUAAGUUCCCACACCUUGAUCUUUUUUGUUGUAAAGUGUAAUAAAUUGAUUGUUUCCCCCUUUUCCAUACCAUACAUUUUCCCCACCAAUCUUCAGUAUCGAUUGUUUCUAGGUUAGUAGUCUCAGGAUAAGAGAAUUAGAAUCAUUAUGUUUCAGCUUAUGAAGCUGAUUUGUUCCCCUCCGUACCGAGAUUCUCUUCAAAGCGUUCUGAGCUCUGAUUGAAAAUAAAUCGAGUCUUCAAAUUUCUUUAUUGAAUUAAUUACAAUUAAUUUUACAGUACUACAAAUCG